UUUAAAUAUUUCUUUUUUUUUAUUUAUUUCUGUUUUGUUUCACAUAGUUCAUAUAUUAAGAUUACAGUAAAAUAACAUCAUAUAUUGGGAUGUUGUUCUUUCUCGCACUCGUGCUGAGCUCACAAGUAUUGAUAGUUGUUUUUGGAGCGCCGGCUAUGUUUACAAAGGGUGGUCAAGAGAAUGAAGCACAAAUAUACGAAUUUCCCUUCACAACACGAGAACAAUGGCAAGCGCGACCAGCUAAGCAAAAGUUGCCGUUACCAUCUCCUGUGCCAUUCGUAGUGAUCCAUCACUCGUUUACACCACCAGUUUGCCAUGAUAACGAACAAUGCUGUCAAUCUAUGAGGGGCAUGCAGAACUUUCACAUGGACGACAGGAAUUGGUGGGAUAUUGGAUACAAUUUUGCCGUAGGCGGAGACGGUAUGGCCUAUGAGGGUAGAGGAUGGGAUGUCUUGGGUGCCCAUGCUUUUCAUUUUAAUAAUGUGAGCAUCGGAAUAUGUCUGAUUGGAGAUUGGUCAAAUUCAAUUCCAUCGACUCAACAAUUAAAAACAGCACAAGCGUUGAUCGCAGCGGGAGUUGAAAUGGGAUACAUUAAAAGUGACUACAAGUUAGUUGGACAUAGACAAGUUAGGGACACCGAGUGCCCUGGAAAUGCUUUGUACAAAGAAAUCCAGAACUGGGCCCAUUAUUCUCCAUUCCCUUCUUCCGUGAACGAUUUAUCGAAGGUAAUUGAAAUGUAUGGUACUGGGUAACAAGGAAUAAUAUACAUAUUCUUUUAUAUAUUCUUUAUGUUCAAUCAUUCUGUUUACAAAAAAAUAUUUUAUUAUAGCUAAUUAUAAUACCUUUAAUAUAUAAAAGGCCACGUGUAAUACUCAAACCCGUUGUAAUUAAUGCUUAAGAAAAAAAAUAUCAAGUCAACCUACACUCAGUACAUAGCCUGUUAAAAUAUUUAUUUUGCGAUCUACAAGCUAAAACUAAAUAGCUACGAAAAAUCGAAAUCUCUAUUUAAU